GUGGGGAAUUUCUCUUAUCUCUAUAACUUAAUACACAGGAGACAACGAUGAACACAUCUAUGCAGACUCUAUCUCUUGAGCUCCCUCAGCCACCUGUGAUUGGUAAGGUCAGUCACCAUAGUAUUGAGCUGAGCUGGAUUAAUGAAGACAGAAAACGUCAAGAUGGUCCCCCUGAAUGCUGGACCAGCUUUUCUGUGGAGCAGAUGGACACAAAAACAGACACAUACAGAACCAUUUACAUAGGGUAUGGCACCCAUCAUAUUGCAGAGGGACUGAAGCCCAGCACCUCUUACAGUUUCAGAUUGAGAGUCACCAAACCCUCAGGGUUGGGCUGCCUCAGCCCAGCGGUGUCUGUCUUCACCACCCGAGAGCCUUUCAGUGGGAGGAACCUCCACCAGGCUGUGAGCAGCGAAGAUGUGAAGGGGCUGACCAUAGUGCUGCAGUCUGGGUGA